AGAAAAUGGAAAUUGCCAAAACAACAAAUAUGUUAUAAUUCAUUUUACAUUUUGAUUAACAAAAUCGUUAUGUAUUUUUUAAAACGCAAUAAUAACUUUAAUUCAAUAUGUUCAUUUAUACGAUUAUACAGUAAAAAUAGAAAAUCCCACUAUGAAGUCCUUAAUUUAAAGAAAAACUGCACAGAUAAGGAAAUAAAAGAUGCAUUUAUACAAAUGAGCAAAGAGUAUCACCCAGAUAAAAAUAAAGAUGCGAAGGCGCAAGGCAAGUUUGUACAAAUCGUGGAAGCGUACAAUAUUCUGAGCAAGCCAAGCAGCAGAGCCAAUUACGACCAUGUGAUGGAUGUUGGAGCACAGAGUGCGUCCUAUGUAUACAAAACACAUACACCUCACAAUUUCAGGAAGAAUCCAUUUCAUGAUCCACCAAAGCAAUCCAAGAACACAAACACUGAUUACUAUGGAGUGAAGGGUGUUAAGAAACUACCCAAUGUUGCAAUAAUACUAAUUUGUUUUAGUUUUGCCUUAAUCGGAACAUUAUUGCAAGUUUUUAUUAUAAGACAAUCCUAUGUCGUCCAUCGCAGAAGGACACAGGAAAAGUCGAUGAUGCUAGCUGAAGAGUUAGACAAGGUUCGCGCCAAUGCUGAAGGAAAGACUAAUGAUAUGCAAACAAGGGCAUUAUUAGAGAAAAUAGUCAAUGCAGCUAAUCCCACAGUCGCAACGGCGUCUUUAGGUCAAGCACUUGCCAAUGAGAAAAAAUAAAAACGUAUAUCUCAUAGAAUACAUAGAUACGUGUGUUGGUGUUGGUGCGGAGGCCACUAAGUCCCGAUAGAGAAUUGCUCACAAAUGAUAUGUGUUAUUUAUUUUUGACUGGCUUGAUGAGAAGUUAUUUGACAAGGAUAUGACACAGAGUGCAGAAGACGAUACUGCUUUAGUGAUAAAAUAGCGCAAUUGUUUUGAAAGAGAUGAAUUUUGUCAGUAAUAAUUGAAAACUGCAAUAAUAUAGUUUGAUACAUCAUGAGGCAAUUGCUAUUUGUGAAUAAAUUACGCUAAAAAUAUUGUAUAACUCGACUUCAAAUGAUUGUAUGACAUAAAUUCAGUUUUUAUAUGCAACUUUGAUAUUACAAUUUAUUUAUUAUGUAGAUUUAUGAUAAAUUGUUAAAUAAUUCAGAUUAAAAAAAUAUAUUUACAUACUUGAUUUUGUAAUAAAAUCAAUUAAAAAUACGUUAAAUAAAAAAAAUGCAGUGACUAGUAAUAGAAAAUUUUUAGAAAAAAUUAACACAAAAAUUAGAAGAAAAAAUACAUAAAGAUUUUGUGGUUAUUAACUACCUCAAUUUAUUUUUGUACAUAUUUUAUUAGCUGUGUAAAUAAAGUAGUUAAAUUAAUUCUCUUUUUUAUUAUAUCACAUCAUGAUGAACUACAAGGUACAUUUCAUACUAAAUAAACUUUAUACAAUGUAAUGCAAUGUUUGAAAUAUAAUUCUAUUAAU